AUGACCCGUGUCUUCUUUCAUGAGCUGUGUCUUCUUUCAGGUGUUUUCUUUCAUGAGCUCUGUCUUCUUUCAGGUGUCUUCUUUCAUGACCCCUGUGUCUUCUUUAAGGUGUUUUCUUUCAUGAGCUCUGUCUUCUUUCAGGUGUCUUCUUUCAUGACCCGUGUCUUCUUUCAUGAGCUGUGUCUUCUUUCAGGUGUUUUCUUUCAUGAGCUCUGUCUUCUUUCAGGUGUCUUCUUUCAUGACCCCUCUGUCUUCUUUCAGGUGUCUUCUUUCAUGACCCGUGUCUUCUUUCAUGAGCUGUGUCUUCUUUCAGAUGUGUCUUCUUUCAGGGUCAUCUUUCAGGUGUCUUCUUUCAUGACCUGUGUCUUCUUUCAUGAGCUGUGUCUUCUUUCAGGUGUUUUCUUUUCAUUUCAUGAGCUCUGUCUUCUUUCAAGUGUCUUCUUUCAUGACCCCGUGUCUUCUUUCAUGAGCUGUCUUCUUUCAGGUGUUUUUCUUUUCUUGAGCUCUGUCUUCUUUCAGGUGUUUUCUUUCAUGAGAUGUGUCUUCUUUCAGGGGUCAUCUUUUCAGGUGUCUUCUUUCAUGACCUGUGUCUUCUUUCAUGAGCUGUGUCUUCUUUCAGGUGUUUUCUUUCAUGAGCUCUGUCUUCUUUCAUGUGUCUUCUUUCAUGAGAUAUGUCUUCUUUCAGGUGUCUUCUUUCAUGAGAUAUGUCUUCUUUCAGGUGUUUUCUUUCAUGAGCUCUGUCUUCUUUCAGGUGUCAUCUUUCAGGUGUCUUCUUUCAUGACCCGUGUCUUUUUCAUGUAUCUUCUUUCAUGA